GGGUUCCACCGAUCUUUCACUCUCGUCUAAAUCGUACCAAGACAGACAUGAAAUUCCUCGCUUUUUUCCUCGUUGCCGCCUUUGUUGGUGCCCAGGCAGACUUCGUCCAGUUGAAUCUGGACAAUGAGAUCUCUGCUAUGGUCAAUGAGAUCCACUCUGCCCGCGAGGCGCGUGAGACCAACAUUCUCGAGAGAGCUACCACCACCGCCCUGGGACAAACUCUGGAGGAGAAGUUGAAGAAUGUUACCGACAAAAUCAACAACCUGUUGUCCACUGGUCACUCUGUGGGAAAAGCUCUUCUGGAACAGGCCAAGACCCUGACCGCGCAACUGAAGGAAAUGGGCGGCAAAUAUGUUACCGACGCCAAAGCCAUCCUGGGCAGUCUCAAGGACCAAUUCUCUGGCUUUUUCCAGGGUAUCCUUGACUCUUUUGGCGGUCUGUUUGGCAAACGUGAUCUGUUCGAGAACUUUGAGGAGGAACUUUUGGAUGAAACCGUGGCUCUGGUUCUGGCUGACCGUGGUGUAGCUGAAUGGUGGCAGGGAGUGAAGGACACUUUGUCCCAGGCUCUGGGAGGAUUCACCUCCAAGUUCGCCGACCUCCAAGUCUUCAUCAAGCNUGUAGUGCAAUGA